CGAAUGUCACGAAAUAAUAUUCGUGGGGCGCAAGAUGUUUUGCGGAGAUUGUAAUUCUGUAAAAUUGUAGAUUGCCGGCCCCGUUUGUUAAUUUUGGCUGGGUUAGUGUGGUUUUCAUAAAGAUUGGGGCAUGGGCGGUGUGGACACGAGUCGGUGGAAGCCGCGCCGUACAAAGGGAACUGUGAUUUUCAAAACAAGAAACCAAUUUGCUUGGGGCGUGAUAGCGGCCGGCUCGGUCCUCUUCGGAGUAGUUUACUCCAUCGCUAGCUACAUCGGAGGUGAAGAGCUGAAGCAACGCAUGCAGAGAGAUUUUUACGAGAAAACUGAGGAGGAGAUAGAUCGAAGGAACCUGAUGCGAUUCAGUUUGGUGGCUCCGAAGCGCGGCGACACUAUCCGGAAGCUUUUAGAAGAGGAAAAGGAAGACCAGGCGCGGAAGUGAUCAUGAGCAAAAGGAUCAAGUACGCCAAGUUAAGGCUAACUAAGCCGAAGGAUGCUCCGGCACAGACCAGCUCACACGCCGUCGACGAGGGAGCUGCCGCGCCAAUCGAUGAGGGGUAAUACCAGUAGAAGAUAAAUCGACUUGAUUCCUACUGUAGUUUGUAACUAGUCAAUAAAGUAAAGUUCAACGAAAAUGAUA